CAUUCUCUUCCUAUAUAAACCAUUCCCAUUCUUAAUUCUUCAAUCUGUUACGUAACUGAAUUUCGAAUACCACUUUUCCGUGGCAAACCGUUGUAACAAACUUCUAAAUUAAACAUAACUCUCUUCAAUACUUUCUCACUCUAAAACCGUUACACUCUCUCUCUCUCUCUACAGCUUCAACAAUGACUAUGGCGUUUCCUUCUUCAAGAAACGAAACGUCGUCGUAUACACAUUCUUAUUCAUCUGCGUUCGCUUCCUCAUCGGUGGCGAAUUUCGCUCCUCGAGCGUCACCUGUAAUGAUGCAACCCUCCUCCUUCUCAUCAUCCUCCUCCUCCGUUAAAGUUAAACUACGCGGUCACCGUACUACGCCGUUGUCUCCUCCGUCUUCAACCGUGAGAUUCUCUGUGGAGCAACGCCCAGAAUCUUCCGAGCACGGAUCGAUGACUGCGACAAAGGAUUCAAGAAACAACAACGCCGUGUCUUCAUCUAGCGAGAAAACCAGAAGGUGCAUGUGUUCUCCGACGACACACGCCGGUUCGUUCCGGUGCGCGUAUCACAAACGGAUGGCGGAGCAAGAGCAACAACGGCAACAGAAACAGGAACAGAAGGUGCAGCAACAACAACAAGUAAAGCAGGAGCAGCAACAACAACAACGGCAGCAGCAAACGGCGUGGUCAAGAAGUAGAACACUGAACCUUCGUAGAUCGGCGAUGAAGAAUUCGCUGGUGCGAAUCGGAGUUGAAGGUGAAAUAGUGAAAAGAAAUUUAGCGAAUCCGAUUAGACCUUCUGCGCAUCAGCUUCGGCGCCGGGAAGCUUUUCAGCCGAAGCCGAGCCGGCUCUCUAAUAUGUCCAAAGCUUAAGACUCAUUCUCUUUUUUUUCUUUCUUUUUGUUCCCUCGGCUCGUUCUUUAAUUUUCUUGUGUUUGUAUGAAUGAACGUGAGAAACACGCGCUUGCUACCUAUCAAGUAUCAACUCUGGAGAAUGAUUUUAUAAUUCCUUGUGUUGUGUUACGAGGGAAACCGUUUUUUUUUAAAGUAGAAAAUACAGUAAUUAGUUGUAUAUUUUUGUAAAUAGUUAUGGUAUACAGUAUCUUCUUUCUUUCUCUAAUGUAAAAUCCAAAUUAAAUCUUGUUCUACA